AUGACACCUAUGGGUAACGAAACAGAGUUCUUCUUGGAGAAAGACGAGGAUGACGAUAAUGAUAUAGAAGAUAACAAAGAUUUUGACACCGAUACUGAUGAUGAAGACGGUCAUCAUAGAUCGCCUAGUUCUUCGUCUUUCUAUUCUAAGCAGUGGCCCCAGAGUUACAAGGAGACAACUGAUACAUACACAAUCGCUGCAUCUCCAAAUUUUGGGUUGGUUCGACGUUCAUCGAGCGUUAGAUAUUCAAACAGUGAUAUUGGUUCAAAGAAUAAGUUGGACUCCAAUACGAAGGCUCCUUUUCUGCCUGAAUAUGAAAAAAUCCCUCAGAAAGAAGACUUGGACGGAAACUCCAGAACACAGUCGUUAUGGUCAGACAAAGCCUCAUUACAUGAGAAACUCACUGGAGAACUUCCUGUUGGCCAUGGAUGUAGCUUCACUCAAACUAUAUUCAAUGGGGUAAAUGUAAUGGCCGGGGUUGGGCUUCUUUCUACGCCUUACACAGUGAAAGAAGCUGGCUGGGCAAGCUUGGCAGUGCUUGUUAUUUUUGCAGUUGUAUGUUGCUACACUGCUUCUCUCAUGAGACAUUGCUUUGAGAGUAAAGAAGGCAUCAUAACCUACCCUGAUAUGGGAGAAGCAGCAUUUGGAAAAUAUGGACGCCUUUUUGUAUCUAUUAUUUUGUAUGCAGAGUUAUAUUCAUAUUGUGUGGAAUUUAUCAUUUUGGAAGGAGAUAAUCUUAGCAGGCUAUUUCCUGAAGCAUCAUUGGAUUGGGCUGGGUUUAAGGUGGACUCUAUGCACUUCUUUGGGGUUCUCACUGCACUUAUUGUUUUACCGACUGUUUGGUUAAGGGAUCUUCGUGUGAUAUCAUAUCUUUCAGCUGGUGGUGUCCUUGCAACAAUUGUGAUUGUUCUUUGUGUGCUUUUUCUUGGUACGGUGGAUGGGAUUGGAUUCCAUCAAUCAGCUCAAAUCGUGAAAUGGAAUGGAAUUCCUUUUGCCAUUGGUGUAUACGGCUUUUGCUAUUCUGGGCAUUCUGUAUUCCCAAAUAUUUACCAAGCAAUGGCUGAUAAAACAAAAUUCAGCGAGGCCCUUGUAAUAUGUUUUCUUUUGUGUGUUGUAAUAUAUGGGGGUGUUGCAGCUAUGGGCUUUCUCAUGUUUGGUCAAGACACAUUGUCUCAAAUAACUUUAAACAUGCCAUCACAGGCGGUUGCUUCAAAAGUUGCAGUGUGGACCACUGUUAUCAAUCCGUUCACAAAAUAUGCCCUGUUGAUGAACCCAUUGGCAAAAAGCAUAGAAGAGCUGCUUCCUGAUGGAGUUUCUAGUAGUUUGUGGUGUUAUAUUCUUCUGAGGACAGUGCUUGUCAUCUCUUCUGUCUGUGUUGCAUUUCUCCUUCCCUUCUUCGAUCUUGUGAUGGCUUUGAUUGGUUCUCUCCUCAGUGUACUUGUGGCAGUUAUAAUGCCAGCCUUAUGUUUUCUGAAGAUUAUGAGGAAGAAAGCAACCACAACACAGGUUGUUCUGAGUAUUGCAAUUGUUGUGUUGGGCAUCAUCAGUGCAGCCAUGGGAACUUACUCUUCGCUGUCAGAUAUCGUAAAGCAGUACUGAGAUACUCGAAUAUUUCAACAGGCCAACGUUUUAGUGUUGGGUUGGUACCAACUUCAUUGGGAGAUAUGGCCUGUUUCAAAUUUAGUCUCAUUCAUCUGUUUUGAGGAACUUCUUUCAAUAAAAUUCUCUCGCAUCAUCACAUAACUUCAUUUUUCUCUUGGUGUCGCCUCUCUUAAAGAUGUAGACUGUACAACCAUUGGCAUAUUCAAUGCCAAGAAUGUGCAAAACUAUGUACUCU